UCUCUCUCUUCAUUCAGUCCGCUCCAAGUUAGUUAACGGAUCUCACGGUUGUUAUUAUGUUCCGCCGGGGCUGCUUUUUCACUUGUUUCCGUCCCUUGCCAGUCAGAAACGGACAAAUGGUGUGUGGAAAUGUCUCUACUUCUUUUUCUUCUGCUGAAUAAUCGUCUCAGUUUGGAUUUUCUCUUGAAGAAAACAGAUUUUAUGGGAAGUAUUAAACCUACUGGCGCUCUUUUGAUUUUAACGUGUGUCGGAAUGUAACAAGCAAUUUUUUUUAAAAUAUAUAUAUAACUCCAAUUGUUUACCUAAUGGAUACAGUUACAAAGAUAAUAUUGGAGUAUUUGUUCACCUUUUUGUGAUUUGAUAAGGGUAUUUCUUCGGAGGUGGAAGUGGACUAUUCCCUUGGAAAAAAGUAAAGUUUUCAUCACCUAGCUUGAGGCAAAGAAUGCUAUAUUCUGGUAAUUUUCCCAACAGUUACGGUCAUUUUGUUUGGUUUACGUGAAUUAAACCAAAAAUGAUUUCGGAGGAAAGAAGCAGCCACGUAAAUAAACAAGCCCUAAACUUCCCGGUGGGUUUACUCAUCCGCAAUCCAAAGAAGCGACUGGCAAAACUGGGGAGGAAACCCAGCAAUGGGUCUGUGCAGUCCAACCAAUCGGACACCACCGUCCGCUCCACAGAAAGCGUGUGUGUUCGGCAGCCGGCCAAGAGCAAAAUCCGCCGCCACAACAACAACAACAACAGGCUUUCAUCUGUUUUCAACCAAAGCCCCUGCAGUGGCCGCCGCGGCCAGGGCAGCGGGAGCCUUCAGUCUGCAGACGACCCUGCAGAGCUGUCCAGCCAAAUGUCUGUCCCCGGCAUCCUGAAGAUAUUCGGCAGCGACAUCUGUCAAGGGACCCACUACAAGAGCGUGCUGGCCACCAUACAGUCCUGUGCAAAGGAGCUGGUGAAGGAGGCCUUGGAGAGGUACUGCCUGGAGAAAGAAGACCCCAGCGACUACGUGCUUUGCGAUGUGAUUGGACAGACGGGCGCAGACAACCAGUGGAAGAGGGAGUGUUUCCGGGUGGUGGGAGACAACGAGAAGCCCCUGUUGCUGCAGUCGCUUUGGAAACCCAAGGAAGGCUUCUCCAGGCGUUUUGAAAUCCAGCUGAGAGCGAGUGUAGAAGAGCAAAGUCUAAAGGAGAGAGACACAGUCACCGCAGGCAUCAAUGCUCAGGCCCGUAAGCUGCAGAAGAGCCGCUCCAGAGUGACCUCUCUGUUUGUGGACGGCAGCGGGGAAGAUGUGGACGGACUGGGGAUCUGGAGGAGUCUCAGCGAGAUGGAUCUGUCUGCCAUGGGGAAGGAGGCCAGCCGGGCCCAGCAGAGCGCGCUCAGAGAGGACCCUGAGGCCGAGGCCGACAAGGAGGUGCUGCGGCUCGGCAUGGAGAAGGAGGAGACAGAGAGCAGCGAUGACAACACCACCCAGUACUCCAUUCACCCACCCUUCGACUUCCCAUACUUCCUUCUGCUGCAGGGCUACAGCCACAGACAGGAUUUCGUCAUCUACCUGAUGAGUGGCACCACCACCAUCUUCGGCUGCUGCAGGGCGCACUGUAACGGAGAGGACGAGGAGAGGCUGAAGGUGGACAUCCUUCUCUUUGCUCCUGACGUGUUGCCUCAGCACUGCUGCGUCAGACGCCUGGACUCUAACACGGGGGAGCACAGAAAGACUUCGACCAUGCUGAAGCCUCUCCACGGAGCUCCUGUGACCAGAAACGGAUUCCUCCUUAAAGAGGAGGUUGAACUAAACCCGGGGGACUUGGUGGGCUUGGGGAAACAUUACCUAUUCAUGUUUAAGGAUCCUACUAGCACAUCAGGGUCGCUGCAGACGCCUCCGUGGAUGACCAAACUCUGCCCGAACUCUCACACAAAGACAUCCUCUUGUUUAUCGUGCGGCUCCAAUAUGGCCAUCAAAAGGCUGCAGAGGAGGUGUUUACCGCCUCGAUGGAGGGACCUGGAGGGCACAGAAGCUGUGGUGGUCUAUGAGCUGGAGCAUGAGGAGAGAGUGCUGCAGGAGGUGUUGGAUAUGUUGGACCCCAUAGGGAAUGAACCAAAGCUGACGCCUGCUUUCCUGCUGAGCCUCUGCAUUCAGCACUCAGCCUUCACCUUCCAGCCCACGCACUUCAGACAGCUGUUGCUCCGGAUAGCCGGGCAGAUCCAGCUCGUUAUGUGGGAGAAGACAAAGGAACUUGCAGCGAUCCAGCCAGAAUCGAGCUCCAGGGACGGGCAGCCCGAGGACCUUCAGCUGCUCAGCAUGGAAGAGCUGAUCCCAGGUCUGCAGCCGCUGGUGCUGUGGAUGGCCAACUCCAUCGAGCUGCUGCACUUCAUCCAGCACGAAGUCCCUCAGCUGCUGCCCUGGAGGCAGGACCAUGAGGAGGAAGGUCUGUUGGACUCUGAGAUCUCCUCCACUCGGACAGCCUGUGAGGAGGCCAUGACGGUCCUGGAGGAAGUAAUCAUGUUCACCUUCCAGCAGUCUGUCUACUAUCUAACAAAGAGCAUGUAUUCAGCCUUGCCCGGGCUUCUGGAUGGGAACCCGUUCUCAGAGAGCGGCCAGCUGCGAGUGCCUGAUGGACUGGGCGGCAUCCUGGAGGUGCUGAAGGAGGCGCUGAAGAUUCUCACAGCCUUCCAGGUCCAUCCAGACAUCUCGUUACAACUCUGUGCCUACCUGUUCUUCUUCAUCAACGCAUCGCUGUUCAACGCCCUCAUGGAGAGAGGAUCUGUCUCUGGGUUCUACCAGUGGUCCCGAGGGGUUCAGAUCCGGGCCAACCUUGACCUGCUGAUGGAUUGGAUUCAGGGCAUCGGACUGGGCGAUCUGGCAAAUGAAUUCUUCCAGAAGCUUUCUGCUGCUGUCAAUCUGCUGGCCACACCCAAAGAAACCCUCCUGCAGGCGUCCUGGACUUCUCUCCGGACAGAGUUCUCUGCCCUGAAUGCUGCUCAGCUUCACCACACGCUGAGGGAGUACCACUCGGGUAAAGCCUGUCCUGCAGGAUGGACCCCGACUCUGAACGAUGCAGAGCUCGCUGUCAGGACCGCCGACAUCCUGGAGAGCUUCGACAGCCACCCACCGCUCAUCCUGCCCAGCAGCACGUUUCAUCUGGAGCUUGGUAAACCCGUGGUGGAGCCCGCUCUGUUCGAGCAGCUCGGCCAUCUGCAGGAGUUCAUCCGCCGACUCCCCCGCAGUGAAACCCAAGCCGAGUCCGAUGUGGAGGAACAGGCAACCCCAGACAGCCAGUCUACGACCUCGCCCUCCGUCACAGUCCUCCAGGACCCUGCCCAUCAGGAGGUGUCUGACCAGGUUACCAGCUCGGACCUUGCCUCCCCUGCAGAGCCGUCUCAGGCCCAAGGAUCUCACGGUGACCUGAGGAGCUGUGAAGCAGUCCUGACCCAGAAGCUGAAGAGCCUAGAGCUGCAGAACACCUUUCAGGGAGGACAAGUGGACAUGGGCUACCACAAGAGCCUGGCACUGGACCCGUCCUGCCUGCUGACCCCACCCAACACCCCCCAGGGCAUGGAGCUGUCCGAGCUGGAGGCUGAUCUGCGGGAGGGGGCACUCCAACAAAAAAAAGAAAACACAGCUGAGAAUGAGCGGCAUCUAUGUGAAGUCGGUGGUGCCGGACUCUCCUGCUGCUCGCUGUCGGAAACUGAGGACGGGCGAUCGCAUCCUGGCUGUGAACGGCAUCAGCGUGGUGGGGAUGGAGUACAACCUUGGUCGAGAACUGAUCCGAUCAUCAGGAGAAUCUCUCAGACUGCUGGUGGCCAAAAUCGACUCAAAGACCAGCGACAAGUGCUCGAUUACGACUAAAUGCUGAGGGGAGAGCUUUGUGUGGACGAUCAAGUGCAAUUUAAAAUACUCGGCGGAUGUUUGCUUCAUCCUUCCUGCUGAUCCAAAGCCAGUCAUUAUCUCAGAAAGGACAAACUCACAUCUCAUUCCAGACGUAUUGUGUGUUAUAGAGCUUUUUUCUGUGCGUUGAGACAAUCAGAAUGAGGGCACGGUCACGUUUAUAAAAAGCUCAUUUUGCUGUCACAGCUUCUGUCCGGCCUAUAAACAGCUCUCAUAAACCGCGAGGGUUUCUGCGGCGAGGCAAGUAGCUGCCUGUGGCUGUUUGCUAACAUCUCAUUUCACUCUCUGAGUUCACAGUUUUCUGUCUGGGGAGCUUCAUCAAGCUGCUCCAGGAUCAAACAUCUGGCAACAACUGGAAUUAUUUUGAAAUGAAUCUUUUUAAAAACUGUGAAACCGUGUAUUUUACUCUGGAAAACAACUCCUAUUUGUUUUGGAGUCAUAAAAUCAUAUUUAUUCACAGGUGGACAUCAAAUAUAUUUUCUUGUCUUUUCCAGAACAUUCCCAAAACAAGGAAAACAACACUAAGAUCAAGCAGAUUCAUCUCAAUUUAGGAAAUGUUUUUUCUUGUUUUGAGUAAAAAACGCAAUAAAUAUAUAGGACUAUCUUUGCAUUCUAGCAUUUUGGUCGUUUUUAUUGUGGUCUUAAUGUCAUCACACAGAUCCUCCUGCUGUGAAAUAUCCACUUUUAUAUCGCCUGAAAGACGAAAAGCAAAGCAGGACAAGUGACGGAUGACUACAAACAUCCAGGAUUAAGGGUCAUUGGAUAAUUCUCAACCUGAGCCCUAUUUCCCCCUGUUAUGUUCCCCAUUUUAAAGGAAGGGUAUUCAUCUACACACAUCUACAUAUGUUGUUAUAUUGAAAUAAAACAGUCCCUCAAUUGCUGACAGUUAGAUGAGACCGUUCCUUUAAAUCCAUAUUGUUGGAUGUUUGGGCCCAAAUCAUAAAACGUAAUGUUUUUUUCAGUUCACAUGAAAAACAUCAGCGGAUCAAGUUUGAUAAUGUGUACCACUGUAGAACGACAAACUGCUGCAGCCCUCAUCGGAAGUCUGUCCAUGAUAUCAUCCCAAAUGUUGUCAAUUCAAGUUUAUUGGCACACAGUAUUAUUCACAGUAUUUUGUAAUAUUUAUGUCGCAGUAUUUUUGAAACUAUUGAAUAAAUAUAAUUUUGAUUUUUAAAACCUUUAA